AUUUGUGUUAUUACUCUCUGGUCAGCAAAAAAUCUGCUUGUUGGAAAAGUACAAUUAUUGCGAAUGCCGAAUUUGUUUCAAAAGUACAAUAAAUUAAAGUGAAAUUAACAAAAUAACGCAACACAAUGAGUUCAGGUUUUAUAUCAGAAUCUGAGAUAAUCGAGGCGAGACGCCGACGUCAAGAAGAAUGGGAAAAAGUGCGAACCGAGGAUCAGCCAAAAGAGGCUCCAGAAGAGGCUUACGACACUCGGCCACUCUUCCAGCGUCUUGAAGAGCAGAGGUUGAGAAAAGAUGCAGAAUAUGAGGAGGCACACAAACUCAAGAACAUGAUCAGAGGGCUGGACGAUGAUGAGGUUAGUUUCCUGGAUCUGGUGGAGCGUACCAAAGCUGAGGUAGCCCAGCAGAUCAGCAUUGAAGAGAAGAAAGAAAUGCAAGAAUUCAGAGAAAGAGUGUCAACCUUGGCAGAGAGUGAAGAGUUGAGUCGACUGCGAGCACAACUAGCUCCUGCACGAACAGCACCAACCACAGCCCAGCCACAGAAGAAUAAACUGCAAGGGGUAGUUGUGCGGAAGAGGAAAGCAAGUGAAAUGGAAGGAGAGAAGCAAGAAAAGGAGAAGAGUCUAUCUCCUCCCAAAAAUGGCGUUGUAAACACUGAUAGCGUCCAGAAGGUGUCCCCGAUAGCCGGCGAGAGUCUGGGUGCGCUGCAGUGCGUGGGUGUGCUGCCCGGCCUGGGCCACUACGACACCGACACCUCCAGCGACACCGACGACUCCAGCGACGACGAUUCCGUGAGUGUAUAGUGAUAAAUGCUGCGUCAAAAGAGAUCUUUUAGGUCGCAGGCCCGAUCAAACCGCCCAGGGGAAACAGAAAGAAGAGGAAAAGAGUUAGAUUUCCUCAAAUUGUAUGAGUUCUACGCGUGCAUGAUAACAUGAUAUAUGGCCAGUGAAGCCACUGUAGACUGCGUAGAAAAAUACACAGUAAAUGUAUGUACUAAAAAAUGUCUAAAAAUUAUUCAUCAUGGUUGACUGUGUUGUGUUACUGUGCAAGCAGUAUAACAUUACAAGAUUUUUAAAUAACUUUUUGUUUGUACUAAGUACCCAUCUGUCAUAGUCCAAAGUGGAAAUUCCGGCACAUUCCGGCGGAUUACCUUAGGCAAUUAUUAAGACCUAGGCCUUAGUAAUUGCCUAAGGUAAUCCUUAAAAAUACCGAGAGCGUUUAUCUUAAAGCCAAAUUUUCGGUUUGUGUUUGCCUAGUUUUCGUCCAUCCGCGCAGUUUCCUACCUAAAUUCUUAGUCCAAAGCCGAAACUCAAUUUUAUUAAUUCGGCUUUAGACUAGGCAGUCCUGAAUUAUGUAUUAUGUAUGUGUGCUUGCUAGGCAAGUACCAAACUUUUGGCAGUAGACACGUCAUUAGUUCUGUGGAUUGCCUAGGCCAAUCAUGAUUAGCCGGAAUUUCGGCUUUGGCCUGUAACAUAGGGAUAAAAUAUGUAAGUACUACAUAAUUAUUAUUGUUCAGAAGUUAGUGUAUGUUAAAUAUCCAUAUCCACAUUCAAAUUGUAAAUGCGAAAGUGUGUCUGUCUGUCUGCUAACUUUUUCGGCCCAUCCUAAGCGGACGUUAAACCGAUUUUGACGAAAUUCGGCUCAAAGAUAGGAUAUAAAUCCUGGAGGCACUUUAUUCCAAAAAAUCGAAGAGUUCCUAUUGGAUUUAAAAAAAACCUAAAUUCAAGUGAAGGAAGUCCCGGGCAUCAUCUAGUUAAUACAUAUAAUUUUUUAUUUCUUAUUAUGUAGUUUUUCUAAUAUAAUUAAUUAUACAAGUAUUUCAAUUGUAUAUAGACAACAAAGUUGAAGAUAUCAAUGAUUCAUAGUAAAUAAAAAUAUUUUUAGAGCCUUCGAUAAGUAGAUAGGUAUUAUAUUUUUUUUUUGUUUUGCUAAUUUCUCUAACUUUUUGUAAUUCAUAUUAUAUUAUGUAGGUAGUCAACGCCGAAAUAAGGUGGUUUGGUAACCCGAAAUAAGGGCAUUGGUUUUAAAUAGGUACUAGUUGUAAAAUAUAAAAACACAUGUUGCGGUAAUUUACUUACCACUGUUUGCCAAUUAAUUAAUUUGGCGUUCGUUAAUUGUGUGUGUAUUUUCAAAAUGUAAAAGAGAUUAUAUACCUAGUUAAACAAAAACUAGCGGCCUGCCGAUGUUUUACAUGACAAUAGGGAUGAUGACUACUAGUCAAAUCAGCGACUUUUUAUCAAACGUCAAACCGCUCGCUUAGUAUGGAAGCUUGUAUGAAAUACACAGAUGUGACGUCAUAACAUAUUACGUAAUUUG